CGAGCGUUGGUCCGACACGAGGACCCGCUGCUUUUUAUUCACGAGUCGAACGGUUCCGAGUCCGGUCGCCGUGUAUCGCGCACCGCCGUUAUCGGUUUAUACUUUGUCGAUUGGAAAAAAAAAAUUCAAAAUCGAGGAUUCUUUGUUUGUUUGUUUGUUUUCACACUGUGACAUUAAUGUAAUAGUAGACAAAAAAAAAAAAAAAAUCAUAAUAUUAAUAGCAAUUUUUUUUUUUUUCUAAACAGCACCUAUUUUAUAAACACAGUGUCAUAUUAUUAUUAUUGUUAUUUAUGCGUACCUGCGACGCCGUCACAUCGCCUGAAACGUAGACGACUGCCACGGUUUUUCUUUUUUUUUCCCUCGCUUUCGUCGCGCCCGUUAUUUAUACCAUUCGAGUAACUACGCAUUCAAAAAUGUACCAUUACCACGUGUGGUAUUUGGUCCUGUUGGCCACGGCGCUGCAUUUCACGCCUGCUCCAGUACAAUCGACCAUAGUCUUGUCACACACCAAUAUGGAAAAUUCCACCAUGUACGCCGGCACCAGGGUCAAGAAACGGACAGGUAAAAUGAAUAACAAAAACAAUUAUAACUUUAUUUGUUUUUAUUUUAAUACGUUUGUUGAAAAAAAUGAUGUCGAUCUCCCCGUGAUAAAAUAAUAUCCCACCUCAAAGAAACACCGUUCGUUAAAGUCACCACGCAAUUUCGCGAAAAUGUACAUUGCAUCACUUUUCUUAAAUUCUGUCUUUUUUUCCGUCAAUUUUCAAAUAUAAUAAUACAACGCGGUACACAAUAUACGAUUUUCUUCGGUUAACGUUAUUCCAACGUAUAGGUAGUUUUUAAUUAUUGUCAAAAACAUACUAUGUCUAAUAUUAUAUAUUGUAUAGGUAUAUCUUAACGAAAUGGCCGCGAUUUCGUCGCGUGUAGAAUUUAAAUAGAAACGUAAAGUGAAAACCGAAGACCGCCGGAUUUGUUUUGAUAGCCAAUUCUUUUUUUCUUUUUUUUCUUAUUUAUUCGAAAUGACACUAUAUUAUAAUAUAUAUAUAUAUAUAUAUAUGUACAGAUCGUAUCUCGUGUCUAAUCUAAAUUUCCAUAAUACAAUAUCACAUAUUAUACGAUUUUUAUUUUGUUAAUAUAUUAUCGGUAUAUCAUUGAAAAAAUAGGUUUAUCGGAGAAAAUAUAUCAUGUUUGUAUACGUAUAUACGUAUAUAUAUAUAUAAUAAUAUUCUAACGGAGUUAUUUAUUUCAAAUAUGGGUACACAAACAAAUAGUAUUACGAUAAAAUAUGUUGAUUAUAAUUAUACAGUCCGCGAAUGAUUCAUUGAUAUAAUAGUCGUUGCACUUGCACCUGCAUAGGUAGUCGUAUGCACUAUCGGAUAGCUUUACUGUAGGUGCACCGUACGGAAAACAAGUAGUUUAAGUCACGAACGUACAGCGGGUAUAUUAUACGGCGCUAUAUGCAUAUAUGUAUGUAUAAUUACUGUUGGUACGAUAUUUUGCUUUCCUAUUUUUACUGCAAACACUUCGAUUUGUUUCGAUCCGUUUUAAAAACCCUAUACAUUAUAACGGCCGAUCUCGUGUGCUUUGAGUCUUUCGCGCGACCUCUCGACUCCGCAGUGUUUGAAACGUGACUGUCGCAACCGGCAGCUGCGGCCACCGCCGCUGCACCAUCGAGUUCUCUACAUGCUUUUCCGUGUCACGGUCAGAGUUAAUUUUAUUGCAAUAAAAUAAUGUAUGCGCCGUGUAGAGGGUACCGCUAGUGAUCCUUGGUGGUUUGAUGGGGAAUAAUGUAACUAUUAUAAUUAUAAAAAAGAAAUAAGAAAAAAAUUAUCGACACAAACUGACCUAGACCCGGGAGCCUACCACUGCUACGCCGGUGUCAUGCUAGACCGAGAAAAAUAUUAUCAUUUCGAAUCCGUAUUAGCGUUCACUGGAACAAACAAAAUAUACUUUGGUGUAUUGCUAAUGCGUACCUAUAUAGUAUAGGUAUAGAAAUUUUAGGUAAUAAAUUAUGAGCGUCGGUGAUGAAAAUAUGGGAUAUGCUAGCUGGUGCGGUUUUAUUAUGGUGAAAAUUCGCAAUAUGGACAUUGCCAGUCGUUUUCAAUAUAUAGUAGUUGUAUACUAUAAUAAUGACAUCAUUUUACAUAACUCAAUUAUUUUUGGUAGAUCGUUAUUGGUCGUAUUGGUGUACCUAAUCAAUACAUCAUCAAACCCGCUUUCUGAACUACAUAUAGUAGUAAUAGUACAACGAUAUUUUUAUCAUGGAUGAGAAAGUGAAAUGAGAAGAAUAAAUUCGAACGUGUCACAAAAAAAUAUAAACCAAAGAAACAAUAAUAUAAAAACUAUAUAGGACCUACAUAGUUAUUGUGGGUAUACCUAUACCUAUUACAAGUACGCACCUAUAAUUUAUAUGACUAAACAAAGUUUGUUUAUCCACGAAAUAUGUGUUGGGUAAAGUUUGUUCUUUAUAUUAUUUAACGGAAUUAUACGUCGCCUAUUGUACACAAUGUAAAUUAAAAAGGGAUCAGUUUCGCAACUUUAAAUGGAUUACUACAAGGAGUAAUACUUUUGGGACCCCGGAUAAUAACAAUUAUCUAUCAUUGUCGGUCCCACAAAACAUAUAGUCGUGACGUUAGAAGGGAUGCUGUGUAUACUUAUACACUAUGACACUCGUACAUCGCUAUUAUAUCGCAACAAUCAGACAGUAUAAAACAGCAUCAUUCACCAAGCAACUAUAUAUAAUAUAGGGUGUAUGUAAAAGGAUUUGACGAUUUUCAACAAUAUAUCACAUUUUCAAAUCUCCGAAGACCAAGGAUAUACACACGAUAUGUAAAUUAACAGACUUUAAUCAAUGUAAACUGUCAAUUAUUUGACAUACCCUACGGAUUACGACGAAUUAUUACUUGCAUGUAUAUAAUUUAAUACAUAUCUCUCAAAUUUUAUUUUCAUUUUUUACAAUACUUUUUUACAUUUUUUAUUUAUAUUACCUAUGCAAUUCUUUAUUCAAAUAAAUUAUAUUUUUCACGAGUCAUUAUAUGAUAUUAUUGAUACUUAUACAAAUAAUUUUUUUUUUUACAUAUAUAUUAUGCGUUUUAAAUUUAAAGAUUAUCUAUUUUUUUUUCUUAAAACUUAUUAUUAUAUUUCCUAUAUAAGUACUACAAAUAAAUAAUAAUAAAAAAAAAGAACCAAUUGAUUUGAGAUUUGUAACUGUCUCGGUAUAUUAUUUGUAUAAUAGUUAAUGUUUGUUUUUUGUUUUUUUUUUUUUUUGCCAGUUACCUAUAACACAACACCUUCACUCAUUAUUUUGGAUCGAGUUUUAGAAAACAAACUGGAAUCCAAGAUAUCUUAUUUAAUUUCAUUCUUUUUUUUUUCAUAUACAUAUAUAAAAAUUCGCUUCCUAGGGAAGUGGUUUAAAUUAUCGGUUUUUGAUAUAUCUCUGCCUAGCUAAUUCACGCACGCUUCGUUACAAAAAUUUGUUUAUAAAUUAUUGCUAAGGUAAAAAAUAUGACUGUUUUCACUCUAAAGGGUCUAAUCUAUUUUACGAACGUAAAAUCAAUGCUCGAAUAAUUGCAUUGUUAUCGUAAUUAUAUAUUCAAAACCUGCUUUAACUGCAGCAGUAGUCGAUAACACGAAAUUUAAUUCGAUUUUAUUUAUUUUAUAACCAAGUGUUUCUUUUGAUUUUCAAUAUUUCCACAUCAAUCACAUUAGCCAAUUAUACUAUAAUAUUUGAUAGAUAAUAGUUAUAUAAAUAACGUGAAUCGUAUUUGUCAAAUUAAGAAAUUAUUUUUAUGAACAAAUCUAAAAAUAAUUAACCAAGAAUUAAAUUUACUAAUAAUUGAAUUGUACAAAAUUGAAAUUAUAUAAAUUCUAUACUUAAUAUACCUACUAAUACACACAAUAUCACUAGGGCUUGUGAUUAUAUUUAUCAUAAAUUAUUUUUAAACCAUCACCAAAUUUGACUUGUUAUUGUAAGGUAAUACAUUUCUACGAAAAAAUCAAAAUCAAAUUUAUAUUUUCCCCCAUUGAAGUUUGAAUUAGUGAAAUUGUAGGUACUACAUGAAAAGUUCACUUCGUUACCCUGUCAAUCUAACCCCUAGGUAUAUCUAAAGCUUGAUUCAAAUACCAAAUUUGAAAACCGAAAUUUGACAACCGUCUAUAGUUUUCCAUAUUAAAAAACAAAUUUUAUAUUACACUAAAAGCUGAUUGAGAAAUAAUAACGAACAACCGAUUCGUGAAUAAAAGAAAAAAACACAAUGCGUACAAAUAAUUUUAUUUACAGACAAUUAAAAUCACUAUAUGGAUUGAAAUCGUUACUUUUAAAUAGUUUAUGUACCUACAAUAAUAUAACAAUAAAACGAAUUGUUAUAAAUUAUAAUUAGAGAAUGGAUUUCUAUGCACUUAAAUCCACAUAAAAAUCAUGUAAAAACAUCGAAAAUCUACGAAAAAAGCACUAUAAAAAUAAUUAUAAAAACAAAGAGGGGGUUUAAAAAUCUGCCCCUCCCCUAACUUCCAAUAUGUCUUAUUUAUUAAGUACAAUUUUCUAACACUACAAAAAUGAUUACAACAAAAUAAUUUAUUUUGAAAAUUGCACGUAUUUUGAAAAAAAAUAAUACUUUAUGUUACUCAUUUUUGAAGUGUUAAUGGGUAUUUUUAAAACCUCUCUACCAUUUUUAAUAAAUUUAAGUAUUUUUAGAGAGUUUUUUUCGUAGCUUUUCCUUUUUUAAACACAUUUUUUCUUCUGUAGUUUAAUAAUAUUUAUAGAUACCUACACAUAUUAUAACAUCAUAUCAUAUAACAUCACUCUUAUUUAUUAAAGAGAUGUUUUAUUAGAAGAAAUAAUCGUGUCCAAUAAUAAGAAUGAAAUAAUUUAACGUUAGUUUUAUUUUUUUCGAUUAAAUACCGGCUAUGUUGUUAAUUUAGAUAGAGAUAAAAAAAAAAAAAUAAAAAAAUCGAAGAAUCCCGUUGUAAUUAUUUUCAUUCAAUACAACCUAAUACGCCGAUUGUAAUUAUUUUGGACUUGGUACUCGCGUAAUUGUCUUGCCAUGCGUUGAAGACCUAGUCACUUUUCUUUUCCUUUCCGAUUCUAUUAUUUCUGCGGGUCGUAGUCUCAUACACUAUUUUUGCAGUAUUAAAUGAUCGACUCUUCGGAAAACAGUCAAAAAAAUAAACGUAUAGAAAAAUAUCGAGACACUUUCAUUUUUUUCGUCGUCACUCGUUAUUAUCAAAUGUAUGUAACAUACAUUAAAGAAGUUUUCAGUCGCCAUUAUUAUAAAAACGAUAAUCAACUAUAUAAUAUGAUAUACUAAUUGAAUUUUUGGCAUCGAAACAAAAAAAAAAAGUUAUUGUAACAUUUCGAUAUGACAGACUUAUGCAAACGUACAUGAUGGCUAAAAGUCCAUAUCAAAAAAAAAAAAAGCGGGGAUUAUUUUAACAUAAUUUUUCGAUACAUUAUAUCACAUGUUUUCCUCCUUUUUUAUUUUUAAAUUUGAAGGUUCGAAUCCUCAUUGACAAUAUAUUUUUUUUACGUAUAUCUUAACAAGUUAGUAUAUUUUUCACGGGUCAAAGUUCCCGAAACUUAUACGCAUUGUUACGCGAAUAUUUAGGGCAAGGAUUUCUUAUUGUGCAUGUAUUGUACUUGAACGAUUUUAUAUUAUUUGUAUAGCAAAUAAUAACCGCUCGUAUUAUGUGUCUAUACCAUAUAUAUAUAUAUAUAUAUAUAUAUAUUAAAACAUAUUAUAUUUAAAAACUGGGAAGAAAUACGUACGUGUUUGUACAUUAUUAUUUCUAUGUAACGUAAAUAUUAUUAUUAUCCUCUGAAUUGAUGAUAACGAACACCACAAAAAAAAAAAAAAUUAUAAACGGGUUACUUAUUGAAACGAGGUUGCCCGCGAUAAUAUUAUAAUAGCGUAGAGAAAGAAAAUCAAUUGUCAUUUUCACACGAUUAACUGCGGAACAACGAAAUGGUGUGAAAUAUUGUGAAACGUUACUCCAUCGUUCUAUACGGGCAGCCCGCUGCCGGUGUAAGGUUAAGGUUUUAAGUACCUAUCUGACUAUAAAAAUAUUACGUUUUAUCCCCAAUCUACUCGAAUAGUGCAUACAUAUAUAUAUAUAUAUAUAUGCACAUGUAUAUAUGAACCGUUCUUGUCGCGGUGUGUACUGCAGUAGCAAUUAUUACUGAUUAUAAUAAUAAUAGUAUACAAUCAAUGCGUAAACGAUUUCCCACCGCGCAUGAUUACAAUAGAUUAUUAUAACCUAUAAUACGAUGAUCGUCGCAACACAAUGCGCAAUAUCAUAUCGUUAUUACUUGAAUUGGGAAUUUCAAAAAGGGCCCAUCUCGAGUUUUUAUCAAAAUAGAUUUGUCCACGUUUUUUUUCAUUUACACAUAUAGUCCGAUGUUUUAUGAGCGAAAAGGGCUCACGUCUGUUUUCUAUUGUUAUGGAAAAAACUUACGACGCAUACAUACCAGAAGAUUAUAUACAUUUCUAUGAAAGCAUUCUGCAGUGGUCGACAAACGUAUCAUUACAGCUGGACGUCGAAGAAGAAUUUUAAAUUAUAUAAAACCUUAAUUUUUUUUUUUUUUUUUUAAAUUUCGAGGAGAACAUUUUCUGCGUACAAUCGAUUCAUAAAAAAAUAACGACAUGUAUGAGAAAUAUUUGUUUAUAUUUAUUUCGAGUCAAUAAUAUGGGUAUUUUCAAUUUUAAACCACUAUUGUCCUCGUAUAAAUGUUGAAAAGAAUUCAUCUCGAAAAACUUAAUCACUUUUUCAAUAAAAUUACAUAGUAGUCUGUAAUUUUGGAAAAAAAAUCGCUAAAAUAAAAAACAAAAUUAAAAAGGAAAUCAGUUUUUGAAUUUUUUCUGAAAAUUAAAAAUUUUCAGAUAUGAGCCCUUUUCGAAAUUCCCAAUUCAAUUGUUUAUAUUCAUCGUCGUUCGCGGAGACUUAAACGGUCGCGCACCUACGUUAUAUGAAUCAUGUUAUAACGUUAUACUCCUCGGAAUGACGAACGUUAUAAAGGUACAUUAUUAUGUAGAAAUGCGUACAUAAAAUUGUCUACGGACACGUGUGUAAUCGCUUGGGCCACUAUAUAUUUCCCUAUGCUGCAAAAAUAACGGACCGUGCGCGCGCGCGCGCGCGCGAAUCUUGUCGAACGCUACCACUUCGAUAUUCCGAUGACAUAGGAUUGAACGAAUCGAUCGUGACAACGGAAAAACACACGCGCUCGCGCGCGCCCGGCGAACAAUUUAACGCGCUUUUGUUUUCAGUUUAAUCGGUUGUCUUUAUCGUGCCCGUAUAUUAUGUUCCUUAAACGAUUCGCCAUGGAUCCAGACGGCUGCCGACAGCGUCAACGUUCCCGUGUUUGUUUUGAUAUACCUCUAUGCACGUGUAUAACAUAUAUAUAUAUAUAUAUAUAUGUAUAGGUGCAUGCGCACCGGGAUAAUAUUAUGUGACAACAAAUAAUAUAGGUACACUUAUAUAUACAUAAAUUAGUUCGCCUUGAACAUUCCACAGCGAAUUUUACGCGUAUUAUGAAAUAGGUGCAAAAAGGCACACGCGUGUUUAUUAUUAUUGUUAUUAUUAUUGCGGGGCACUCCGAUAUUUCGAUCUCCGAAGCCGGUACCAAUACAAACGUUACACGCUGCGGAAUAUUAUAUUCUGCGUACAUAUAUGUACAUACAUACAUAUAUACAUAUAUAUAUAUAUAUAUAUAUGUACGUAUGUAUAUAUGUACAUAUAUGUUUUUACCGACGAAAAUCCAUUUCGGAAUAUUCGCCUCCAUCGCGGCGGCGUAUUUUCACUAGUGCUCCGCGACGUUAAGCAACCGGACAAUAAAUUUGAAUCUGUCAGACGUACGCAUAUCAGAACAAAGAAAUGUAGGAUAAAAGAUACCUGCGCGGUGUAUUAUAAUAUAUACGAGUACCUAUACCUAUACCAUUAUAGUUUCUUUUUUUAAACGUCUUUUUUUCUUUCUUUUUUUUUUUUUUUUCUAACGCGUAUAUUGUUUUAUCCGGGAAAUGUAUAUAACACAUAAAUAUAAAAAAAAAAAAAAAAAAAAAUAUUCGAGAUUUCCGGUUUCUACAAUUAUUUAUAAACCAAAGGUACCUACGUACAAAAACCCGUUUAGUUGGUUUAGUCGAAUCGCGCAGCAUAUUGUGUGCUAUGGCAUAUAAUAUGUAUAUAAAUAUAGUUGUAUUGCGCGAGAGUAAUUAACCUCUGCAAUAUUUUUACGCCGGCGACGUGAAAUGUGUUUUAAAAUCAGGUUUAUAAAUUCGUUGAUAUUCUUCGAUAUAAUAAGUAGUUACAACCUGUCUAUAUCGUUAAUAUUUUUAGCGACACAAUUCGUAUUUACAUCGCUGGCAGUGACGCGGCGAAAUCUAAAUUUCCGAGAAGAAAAUAUUUUGGCGAAUCAUCUACCCCACCUUAUACUCGACAGCUGAACAAAAAAAUCACAUCCUUGAAUUUUUUUAAAUAUAGGCACAAAUAAUGUAGAGCUUAAGGCUUGUUCACUUCACGAAUAGCCCCCAAAAACUUGUAAAAUGUUCAUGUCCCACUGUCUCAGUCAAAAACGUUCUAUCAUAUAGUCUUUUUAGAAAUCGUUUUUACUUUGGCCCCCUCAGACAUUUUGCUCUAUUCAAUCCUAUGUUAAAGAUCUAAGUAAUUUUUCUUUUUAAAUUGCGUGCAGCAACACGGAAACAGUAAAAUAUUAGCUUUUUUAAUCUUUAGGUAUAAUAUUAAUAAAAUAUCAAAAGUGUACUAAAAUAAUUAAUAAAAUAAAUUCAAAGAAGAUAUCGAACGAUAAAGACAUCUCCCAAAUCUUACGAAAAAUCUCAUAAGCGAUUGCUUCUCAGAUAAUCUCGUUCGCCACGUCACUGAUCCUGCUGUUAUAUAGUUUAACGUCGACAUAAUCUGUAUAGAUCUCAACGUGCUAUCCAACAUGCGCAUUUCUACCGAUUAAUAAUCGUACAUAUUUCUACCGUUAUACGGUUUGUAAUUCGUACGUGUUUUAUAAUAAUUCCAUAAUUCGAUUCCAAGAGUAUUAGAGAAUAUUAUGUUAAUAUCGCGAUGUUUCGUUGGGCGUACCUACCUGCAACAUUAUAUUCGUACUUAAUUAUUUCGUACACAAAACUCGGUAAAUGCACGUCAUUAACUAUUAACCUAUAGGUACUAUGUACAGUAUAAUAAAAUACUGUGUACACAUAUGCAUACCAACAUUCGACUUUCGAAUUAUAGCUCGUUUAUAUACAUGCACUAAUAUACUGAACUGUCAAACGAAGCGUACCUAUACAUCUCCGCGUAUACGGUGUAACUUAGGACGUACAGGUGUACAAUAUAUGAAACACAACCGUAUUACGCCUAUAUACCCAACGUUGAAAUAUAUUAUAAUAUUAUAAUAACGACGAUGAUAAUUUUUAAACGUGAAAAUUAUAGUAAUUUUUUCGGUGAAAUGCUACUGUCAGCCGCCGCCGGUGUAGUGUAAUACAGCGCAGCGUAGUGUACGUGGGAUAAUUUAGUUAAAGAAUUUAAAUGAACUCUGAAACCGUCGAAGAAAGCGGCGUUCCUGCAAAACCGCAUAGGCCAUUCAAUUUUUGUCACUGCGGUUUUAUUUCGCAUAAAUUCGACGGUAUCGCGUACAAUAAUACAUAAUAUUUUACUAUUGUACCAACGGGCAAUGCUCAAUGGCACGUCGUCGUCAUCGUCGUAUCGCCGCCCGUAUUGGAUAAUCCCGGGCAGCGGUUAUUCCGGCGCGAUUUUCAAAUAUUAUUAUUGGUGUCGUUUAGGCAUAUUGAUUUGUGCAUACCUUAUAUACUUGUACCAAUAUGAUAAUUAUCAAAAUUACUAAUACAAUAUUAAUGCAUAUUAUUAGGUGUAAUGUAUAUUGUAUUCUAUGAUAAUAUUCCCAUUAUCGCACCGCAAUCGUAAAUGCACGUGUGUAUUAUAUUGCAUUAUAAUAUAUUAUUAUGUCUGUAUGUAUCGAAAUGAUAAUGACACCUAUUAAAACUGUUGAAAUAACAAUGAAACGAUUUCAGCGCGAAUUUUCCAACGAAUCGGUUCUAUUUGAUGAAUUUCCUAUUGAUACAUAUACUCACUUACAAUAUUCGCAGUAAACAUAAUUAUUAAUAGAUAUUUCGGACAAAAUUUCGUUUAAUUUAAAAAAAAAUAUAUUGAUUUAUCUGGUAUAAGUAUACUUGCCCGAAAAACUAUAAGCAAAAUAUAAUAUGUUUUUAUCGUAUAAUAACAGUACUUAUACUAUAGUUUAUACUUUAUUACCCGAUUCUUAUACUCCGGCAUUCGUGUUCGUAUUUUUAUUUAUAAAAUUAUAAUUUACUCUUUAGCUAGAACACCAGACGCGUGAGCGACGAGUUCAACCUAUGAACCAUUAAAUAUUCUUUAAAUUUCUUAACCCUGUAACAACGAUUGUUUUAAAUGGAUAUUCACGUUAACGGGGUAAUUGGGCGUUUACAAAUAUACACGAGUUCAGAACAUUGAAAAUACACUAAACUUAACGUAAAAGAAAAAAAAAUAACCAGUAAUUUCUAUUACAUCUCUAUGCGUACGGAUACACCGAGCAAAUUUAUUGAAGACAAUGCGGAUUAAAAAUACAAAGAUUACAACUAGAUUGUUUAAGAUAGGUAGGUACCUAAUACUUAUACGUACUACUAUAGCUUGACGUUAAUAAUAUAGUAUCAAAAAUAAUUCGUUCUUUAUAUCCUUCACAAGAUUAAUGAACUUUGUAGUGUUAUUAAGUGAGAGUCGGAUCAAGUUUUAAUCCUUACGAAAUGACGUCAAUAUAAUAUAUAUAAAGGGAAAGCACAAUGAAAUCUGAAAAAUGUUCAAAACGAGAAAUUAAAAUUCUGCCAUGGCGGUCAAUCGUAAAAAAGGUGCCCUAUAAAAUUGUUGUGCUUAUUAUACUAAACAACGUUGUUUUUGGUAAAAUCUCUCUUUCUUUUUUUUUUUUUUUUUUUAUCGUCACACGCGUCACAAUAUUAUAUUGUAUAUGUUGCCAAAAUAUCUAGUAAUAUCUAUAUAGUAGGUAAUACGCGUUUUUAAUUUUAGAUUCCUAGUGUAACGAAGAAGUUUUUACUUAGAUGUGUUUUUUUUUUUCGGUAGGUAAUAACUUAUAAUUUAUUCGACUUAAAAAUAAUAUCUUCAGUCGUUAAUUUCCUAUAAAAAUAAUUGCGCAACAUACGUUAUAUUUUUUGGCUACUGUAGGAUAAUAAUAAUAUUAUCGUGUCGGGCUGGUAAUAAUAAUUGUAAACGAAAAAAUCGAGAGUAGGGAAGGUCUCUUAUUAUGGAGAGAAAAAAAAAAAUUUUAAAAAAAGUCGACAUUAAAAAAAUUAAUUAACGAAAUGACGAGUGCCACGCGAAGCACAAAUAAAGCCGGUGCGUUAGUGAAAUUAUCGGAAUGAGGUUUUCGAAGUAACCCUACGACCCGCCGCAUCCAUAUACGAUACUGCAGCUGUAUGUAGGUAUAUACGGAGGUUAUAAACCCGAUAAAGCCAUUGUCACGGUACGUUAUAUGGGUUAGGUGCAAUAUUAUAAAUUACGAUGGUACUGAUACGCGUUAAUUGUACGUGGGAACCGCGCGUCGUGUUCGUAUCCCGAACAAAACAAAACGGUUUUCUCGGCCAUACGCGUAUAUUAUUAUCACAAUAUCCCGUGUACAAAUAAAAGUGCACGACGCGGUAUCGCGUUACCUAGUGGUAAUAUCGAUACAGUCCAUCGUAUUGAAAUCUACGGAUGUGUGUUAUUAAACGUUGACGUUUAUUUUAUUUUAUUUUUUUUUUUUUUUCGAAAAUUUCACUCGGCCCAAAAGUGCGCCGUAGGCAGGACCGAGAUAACGAAUGGGGUGAGUUAAAUUUUUUUUUUUUUUAAAACAGAAAUUUAGUUGGAAACGCCAAACUUUCGCUGUCUUAUCGUAGAGAUGGUGACGACUCCGGAAACGGCAAAUUUUAUUUUUCGAUGAACCAAACGCGAUCAGAUAUUUUGUCCACCGACUUCGGCGUUAUUUUUGUUAAUUCAAUCAAAACAGGAUCAACAAGCCUGUAUACCUGUAUUGGAUAUAUAUAUAUAUAUAGGAUGUAUUAUAGCCUAUAAACGUUUACGCACAAUACGACUUCGUAACAAUCGCGCAAAAAAGUAUCCGCGAGAAAGCUUGGGUAAAUUACAGCCGAAGAAUAUUGUUCCCCCGAACACGCGUAUACCUAUUGAUAUAAUAUAAUUCACCAUACCGCUAAAGUAAUUAUUAUCCGCACCGUAAAUCCACGAUAUUAUUUCCUCGUAUAAUUGCGUAUUUAUGGUAUUAUAAUUAUAAUUAUUAAAUGCCGUAAUGGAUUUUCUUAACGAUUCUUAACAAAACGAAGAGUCGCAAUAAAACUCACAAUUCCGGUCAGACUUGUCGUUAUAAUAUUUUCACCGGUAAACGGUUCGUAUAUAAAAAAAAAAAAAAAGUAUAGUUUUUAAAACGAUGACACAUAUACAAUUCAUUUUAAACUGCGUGGAGAUAUUUAACGUAACCAGUUUUUAAAACUUUUAAAACUCGAUUUGAAGUCUGUUAACACCAAUGUUAUUAGCUGGUAACUAUAUACUAGGUAUAUAAUCAUAUAGUCAAUUGUGAUCAAAUCGAUGAUAAUAAUAAUAUCGAAAAUGAUUAUAGGCACGGAAUAUAAAUAAUAAUAUGUAAUUAAGCACACGCCAUGAUCUUAUAUCUUAUUAAAAUUUUAGAUAAAUCUCACCCACAAAUGUAGGUAUAUGAAAAUUGGUAACAGUGGCGGAUACAGAUUUUAAUUUUUCAACAACGAAAAUUAUAUUACAUAUUUACCACAAUACAGGAAAAAAUCAUACUAUACUCAAUACAAGUACGGUUUUUGAAAAGGGGACAAAGGAUUCUAUUGCCCCCUUGGAUCUGCCACUGCUUAGCAACUAUAGGAAUAAUAGGAGGACAAAUUAUAUUGAUCACAAGUUAAAAUCAAUAAAAUUUGUUUGUUAUAAUUUAUAAAUACCUAUCCGUAGAAAUUAAUAACCAAUUGUUUCUAUAAUAUCGUCAUAUCUGUAGCGUAUUUAUUGGGUGUGAUAUGGGAAGGGAAGUACCCCGGAGCCAUUUUUUUUUAGAUUUCAUCUUCAUUUUUUUAUACAAAAGUCCUUAAAAUUAUUAUUCUGGCUCUGGUAUCCUCAUAGAAGUUAUGCAUUUCCAUUAUUGGAUAAAAGUUAAUCAAGAGGAUUAAGAACUGAUAAAUAACCAUUGAAAAAUGUGCGGCAAAAUGCCAUUGUUAAUAAUGAGUAUACCUAUUGCUACAAGUAACGGUACUGUAACGAUGCAUUUGAGCCAUAAAAAACUAUGAACACAUUGCAUUGUUACCGUACCGUUUAUCGCAGCAUUAUGGAAGUAUCUUACUCAGUAUCCCACUUAAAGAACAUUUGGAAAAUUAAACGUAAAUGUAAGAAGAACAAAUAAGAUCCAAUAGUGACAGAGGUCCAUUGAUGUCACGUUUUUAAUAUUUCAUCAUCACCCACCCCCACGAGGAAAUCGAAAACACGCCACAGCAUCGCAUCAUAAUACACGUACUGCAUUAACAUGUAUUUCGCGGGUAAAUCAAUACACUGCAGUAAUAUUCUAUUUUAGUAUGAUACAUAUUACGGCUGCCGACUUAUUAUAUCUCGUAUCAUCAUACAAUCGGCUAUCUAAUUGUUUCGCAUACAUAUACAUAUAUGUGAUCGCACUGGAGAAAUUUUGGUGUAUGAAACAUAUUUGACAAAGGUACCUACGCAUUCGUUGUUCACGAACUAUCUGCGGCGUCUCGUGUCUACUCUGUUCAGUAUAUCGUGGUAAUUAAAUAUUUCGAAUAUUUGGUAUAACCGCAUUUGAAUUAUUUAAUAAACUUUACAUAAAAUAAUUGAUAAUAAUUCCGCUCUCAUUCCAAUUUAAUAAUAAUAUGUACACAUAUAUAAUAUAAACAUCUUAAAUCCUUGCGAUACAUCCAUCAGUCGUUCGCGAUAUUAAAAUAGAUUAACUUGUUUGAUAUUAACUCGUUUCAAAUAGUUUGUUUUUUUUUUCCGUUUGUUAUUGUUUACAAUAUCGUAAUUCUUUUUAUUUUUUAUUAUUAUUAUGUUUUUUUUAUCGAUAAUUCAAAACGGUAUCAGCUUCCGCUCGGUUGCAACAUAUUUUCUACGGGCUAUGAUAUCAUUAUAAUAAUAUAUUAUAAUAUUAUAUAGGUAUAAUAUAAUAUGUGUCUAGGCUGGAGAAAUUCAGUGUGGCCCGGGCGCCGCCGCCGCGGUUCGAUGCAAGUGAAACUAAUUACGUAUGCCCCUGCCCGCCGGCCGUGGGUGCCAACAGAAGUGUGAAAUUUGGCAUGUGGUCAAAGAGUAUAUACUGAUCGAUGGACGUUCGAUGUCACUGAUCGAUUGUUUUUUUUUUUUUUUUUUUUUUUUUUUUUUUAUUAGAAGAUCCAAAACCGCAUAAAGCGAGAAAAAGAGAGAGAGAGAGAGAGAGGAGACAAUUGAAUAUAAACUAUAAUAUAAUAACCGACUAGGUAUUGAAUAGAUGAGAUGAUUAUUAUUUUUUUUUUCUAAUUUUCUUAUUCGGUAUGCGUACCGCAGUAGCCAAGUCACGAUUGAAAGAAAACAUACAGAACAGCAUUCGUUAUAUUAUUGUGAAAUUUUAUAUUGGCUAUAUUAUUUAGAUAUCCUAUAUACCUGCAGUUAACAUUUUUUUUUUUUUUUUUUUUUUUUAUCUCGUGGAUUAUUGCAUACAAAUAUAAUAUGUGGAUUUGAUUUCAGGUCGAACAAACGAUUUAAAUAUAUUAAAAUUCGUUCAAAAUGCGUUUGUGACAAUAAUAAAGAAAAAAUUACUAAAAUAUACAUAAUUCUAUACUAUGCAGUUACAUAAAAUACACAAAGUAAUAUAUAUAAUUAAUAUAUAAUAUUGAUAGUACCUACACACAAUUCAUUUUUUUGUUUUUUUUAUUCAUCGAUCAACAAGAAUAUAAAAAUUCUUUUGUGUCGAUAGAAAAGUCGUUUUAGGUAAUUCAUUACGAAUUAAUAAUUGACGAAUGUUUUUUUUUUUUUUUUUUUAAUGCAUACCAUGACCAAUUUAGUUUAAGGAAAUAACGCAAACAUUUUGAUGUUUACCACGGUAAAACACAAAACAUUAUAUUCGAGUCUGCAGGCGUACUUACUAUUAAGUGUAGGUAUUUACUUUUAUAAAUUAUAUGUACUUAUACAAAUUUUAUAAUAUUUUCGAUAUUUUUCUUUUUUUUUUUCGCGAAUUUUUUACACGCUAAUUACAAUUUUCUUAUAAAAUAAACACAUUUUUUCAAGUUUUAAUGUACCUACUUAAUCGUAAUACAAAUCUCUAUAUUUUUUUUUCUCGCUAGAAACGCUAAAUCGUUAUAUAUAAGCGUUACGAUAAGUAGAUAUAAUAACGUACAUUGUACAUUAUAUAUUUGUAUGCACUAAACGUAAAUAAAAUAGUUUUUUACAUUCCCAACCGUUUGUUUGUAUCCGCAGCCUCGGUAAAAAUGACUUUGUAUUAAUAACAAUUUGUACGAGAAUAAUAGGUAUACGUGUAUACAUGACAAGAACAUAUUGUACUACAUCGAUUCGUAAUUAAUGUAUAGAUGGCCAAUAGCGAGAGACACGAAUUCUUAAAUUCCGCUCACCCUCAUUACUUCUACGAUCCAAAACGCACGCAGUUGAAUAAUACGUUUUUUGCGAAUUUCCCCGUGACAGACGGGAAACCACAAGAAAAAAAAACAAAAUCUAUAAGUUUUACUACGUAUGCAAUUUUAGAGAGAUCCGUUUUUUAUUAUUUUUGAGUGUGCGCCGACGGGACUCGGACAGUGCUCCCCGCGAUAACAGGAGAGCGAUACAUCCACAGAAGAAGCAUAAUCGCGUUUUUUACGUGACCUACCCGCCGGAACAGAGAGGACUGACCCUAUUCCUGCAUCCCAAUACGAGUUGUUAGUAACUGAAUAAAAGUUAAGCUUAAUAUUAUUAUGAGCGCGAUCGUAGUCCUCGCUGAAUUUUUCUGUUCCCCUCUCCUUCUCCAUUUAAACGAGGAUAACCACGAAGUAAGCGAGUAAACGUAAUUAAUUUUAAAAAUCGGAAUGUUUCCUAAUAUAAUUAUUUAAAUUAGCUACUCGACUUGAAAAUAUCGAAAAUCAAAUCGGGUCUUCUGAUAUAACCUGCGGUAAUCUGCCGUAUUAUAUUUACUCGUCCACGAAUAAUAUUAAUAUUAUUAUCGUAACAAUGUUGGCCGUUUAUGCGAGUAAAUAAUAUAAUAAUAAUAUUGAUAUAGUAAUCAUUAUUAAAAAACCGGCGAUAAAACGUCGAUCAGAACAUAACAUUAAACUAUUAACUCCGCGGGUUAACACCUACUUAACUAUUACCUACUUACAAUUUUUAAUUUAUGACCGUAUUAUUAUCAACGUCGCCGUCGUCGGUACGAUCAAAAAAUUAAUUUUUACAAUAUUAAUAAUAUUAAACCAGCAAACCCGGUGUAUAAAACGAAACGUUAACUUGUUUUACCGGACAAAAUUAUCACGUGACUAUGUUAUACGUAUAAUAAUGUGUAGCGUCUAAUCCGAUAUUACAAAAUAUUGUAUCCCACGCUUGAUAAAACCAAACAUCCGUCCGACACGCGAUUAAAAUAUUUCGCCAAUUCCGUACGUAUAUCUAUACCGAUAUUUCGUACGUAUACAUAAAAAAAAAAAAAAAAUCGAAAUUUCUCUUCGAACUUUCGGAUCAACAAUGUCCCGGGUACCUGCAUUUUCGUCAUUCGCGUCUCGUCGUUAUUAUAAUAAUAUUUUAGUACCCGAUUUUACCGGGUACGGUUAGGUACUAUAUAAUGUUAUUUUCAACGUACCUACUUUUAACUACACUAUAUUAUAAUAAUAAUAUUAUGGUCUAUAAUUAUUUUUUAUCGGUAUACAAUGUGAUCUAUCAACUAUGAACCGUCCGGUUUUUCUGUUAGGGAUAUUAUUUUUUAUUUUUUUUUUGGUUAAUGUUUUCAAAUACAUAAGACGUAUUUUAUUUGUUUUUUUUUUUUUUUUUUUUUUUUUUUUUUUACGAAGUUUUCUAAAAUUUCUCUCGCUUAAUACACGCAUUAAAACAUCAUUAACUUUGAAUUUUUUAUAGUGAUUAUAUUACUGUACACAAUGUGUAUUUAUAUAGGUGAUGAUUUUUUUCUUCACCUUUGAUUUGUAUGAAUAUAAUUUUCACAUUGUUAUCAACGGCUUUUUUUUACCUGAAUAUUUCAAAAUAUAAUUAUUUAUACAUUUUAACGGCCGAUAAUUAAUAAUAUUUUCUAGUCGAAUUUUUACCUUACACCAAUAAUAUUACGGUAAUGCAAAUUGGUAAUCAAUAUCGAAAUAAUAUUUCAUCGUGUCCAAAAGAAAUAUUGAAACAAUAAAGUGAAUAUUAUCACAUGGUUUUCGUAAACUUUUAGUGAAUCACGCAUUAUGUACACUGAGUUAGAUUUUUCUGGAAAAUACUACGGAGGGUAAUUUCUUUUAAAAUAAACUCGCUAAAAUAAAAUACGUGCAGCGUCUUAGAUUUCUACACGCCCGAACCGGAUCUGAAUGAUUUUUUUUUUUUGAUUUUUUAGUGAUGUCGUUCGCUAUUGCAGUGAUGGCAAUUUACGAUGGUGUCGAUUGUACGAUAAUAAGACGUUUUGAGAGCUAUAGAAACCGUCAAUCGUUUUCGACCAUUAAUUACAUAAUUUCACUAUGGGUGCGUGUCCGGAGAAUCGAAUUUUUUUCUUCCGUCUUUUUUUUUUAUUAUUUUUAUAUUUAUAUAUAUAUAUAUAUAUCACUUGUAUACACUGGACGUAAUCAUUUUAUUGCUCGGUGUCCAUGAGACAACGAUGUUAUUAUUGGAAUUUCAAUAUAAUAUUACAGACGAAAUUUCAUCAAAUUCUCAUAUACUUAUGUAAUCGUAUAUAAUGUAGUCAAUAUCUAAAUCGAAUUAUGAUGAAUUGAAUUUUUUUUUUUUUUUAAACUAAAUUUGAUGAAACCAUUGAAAUACUAAUAUUUAUUACAUUUCAUUUGAUCUUAUUGAUACAUGUUACGUUGUAUAAAUAAAUCUGUUAAUUUAAAUUAUUCUUUGUCGGAUACCGUUAUUUGUAAAUUAUUGAACGUUUGAAUAAUGUUGCAUUUAUAUACGUCAUAAAAUAUCUGUAACAUAAUAUUGUACAUUACUCGUAUAUUACUUCAAGCAGAAGAUAUUAAAGAAAUAAAAUAAAUUCCAUCAAUUCGAAAAAUAGUUCCAAUCGUCGUUGAACAAAUGACGAGUAUAAUAAUAUAAUAACGUUCAUAUAGAAUGUUAUUAUAAUGAUUACAUUUGUUCAAUUGGUAAUCAAUAAAAUUGGAAAAUUAACUCGAAAAAUAACAUAUUCAAGAAUUUAGAAUUGACGUUAUGAUGAAAAAUUCCUGAGUCUCCGAGACCACAAAGAAAAUAUCAUAUAUGGUCGACAAUCGUAAAAACUAUUGGUCUGUACUAUGUAGUUAACAUGCUCAACAAGUGUUUAUUCCAAAAUUUUAGAUAAAAUUGAAAACAGACAGAAGCCACCCAUAAUAAAGAAGAUAUUUAAUUUUUUUUAAAUUCAUAUUCAAUACCCGGAAAAUUACAAAAACAAGUUAGGGAAGCUCUCUCUGCGAGCUAUCAAAAUGUCCAGUUUCUAUACGUACUUUAAACAAUAUAAUAAUAUAUAAAUUAUUAUUCUAUAUACAAUUUCGUGAGAAUUUGAUAAUCUAGUAAUAAUAUUAUACUUAUGUAAAAAACUUAAAUAAAUUAAAAAUCGUAAUUUGUAAAUAAAUGACGGGCCAUUUUUCAUAUUCUCCAAAGCACGACUAAUAUUUUGGUACCUAUUUUUUUUCAAAUUGAUUAUUAUGAGUUUAUAUUUAAUACUCAUAUUAUUAAAUAAUUUAAAAUAAUAUAUAUUUUCUUUUCAACCAAAUCAACAAUCGUAACUUAAUACGGACGGACACAACGGGGAUAAGUAUAUAAUGUGUUCUAUAAGUGUUGAAAAAUACUUAAUAGAAACGAAGAAUCAAACGUUCAAGUCAUAAUUUUCUGAAAUUUUCUCGAAAUUAUUAAUUUUUAAGUAUAAAAUAAUGAUACAGCUAGGUAAUCAUGAUUCCAUGUAUCCUGUGUAUUCCUGCGCAUGACGAAGAGAAUGACGGGAGACGAUAAUAGUGCCUACAACACCGAAAUAAUUGUCUAUUCUUCUUUUUAUUUUAUUAACUAUUCCGAAAAAAAUAAAUAAUAAAUUCUAAAAAAUGUUCUCUGCAUUCAAAAUUAAAAAUGAUACUUAAACAUUUUACCUUGCCUAAAAUAAAAUUAUGAUCCAAUACGUUCGGAUCAAAUUCAAUACGAUUUAUCCAGCCGAUUGAAAAUAAAUAUACAAAAUAAAUUUGUAUCUACAAAAUGUAUACGUAAUUUUAAUUAAAAUAAUUUAUAAGUUGAUAUAGGUCCGAUUAUAAUAGUAUUGUAUUUAAUCCAAUAGUCCAACGAAAGUUACGACAAUUCGUAGAGGUUGGUAAUUUAAUUCAUUCAGCAUUUCAGUAGAGAUUUUCCGGUUAAGAAAAAAGCGCAAUGUAUUAUAUUCAAUUUUCGCCCCACGAACUUUGUACAAUGAUUAAUCAUUUCUAAAGCAAAAAUGAUUCUGAGCGAAGUUUACCCAUUAUAAAUCAUGUUUUUCCCUUGUUGCCUAAGGUAACCAAAAAAUCAACAAAUAUCAAACAACAAAAAAUGAACUAAAGUAUUGCUUCAAAUAAACCGUAACAAAAAAUCGUAAACAUAUUUUUCGAGAAAAAAAAAACAGAUUUUUAUAAAACUAUAUAAUAUAGCUUCUUCGUUAUACUCGGAGUCUAAGACAACCCGACGCUAUAGCAUAGGUACAAUCCAUAAAACCCAAUACAUUUUCCACGCAUCCAAAAUAACGAAAAUAAUUUGGCUUUUAAUCUCUUUUUCUUUCUAACAAAGCAUACCUACCUGCUAUGUACAUACCAAGCGUAAGUAGGUAUGAGGACGUUCUUCUAUUUUACAAAACUUACCUAACCUAUUUUCGAAAGGUAUGUGUAUAAUACUACGUAUAAGUGCAAUAACAAUACAAUUGUACACUGCAGCAGAAUAACGAAUAUAUACUAAUAAUAGACGAGCUUGACUGUGAGUGUAUACAAGGGAAACAUAAUACAAUAUUAUUUUAACACGAUUACAGCAUACGGGGUGCAAGACUAUACACAAAUUCGGGUUCCGGGUCGUACCAAUAGAAUUUAAUGAAAUAAUAUAUGCAACGUGAACAAGAAAUGUCUAUUACACAAUAAUAUAUAGUUACGUUGCUCCUAUACAAUAUGUGUAGAUAAGUACGGAUUUGUAUUAUUUUUUUUUUUAGCUAAGGAACGAACGUUAAUCAUAAAAUUAUAAUAUAUUAGAUAUUAGUCGAACAAUAACACCUGAAAUAGAAAGAGCUGAUAACGUCUUUUUAUUUUUUUUAAUAAUCAAUAUGUGUCUCAUUUAUACAUUUAUUUUUAUUAUCACCACUAUUAUUUAAUAACACAAAUGACGACGGUAAAAAUGUAUAUAAUUAUUAUCAUUCUUUUUCAAUACGACAUUCUAAACUAAAUAAUAAUAUUCUACGCAUUGUUACGGAACUGUGAACACGUGGUAAAAAAAAAAAUGGUCACGUUUAAAUUGAAAGCGAACAGAAAUCUCAAUCGUUAAAUACAUAAAACUGUCUUUGUCUGGUAUAUAUGUAUAUGCAUACACGUUUCCAUUGAAAUCUGCACGAAAAUGUGACAACUUAAUCUGUUAUGCAAAUACGCGCGAUAUUAUUAGCGCGAGUGGUGUGUUUCGUUAUCUUUACCUACAAUUUGACACUUGUAUAAUAGUUCUAUAAAUAAAAUAUACGAAAAAAUUGCCCCCUUUAUUUAAUAUUUUCGAUAAUUUUUGCUAUUUGAGAAACAUAAUAUUAUUGAUACGGACGACACGUAAAUCCUACAAAUUUCGAAGUCGACGUAGUAGUUUAUUAUUCGAUAGAAAAUAUUAUAAUUUACCGUUUAUGUUAUCGUACGUAAAAAAAAAAAAAAAAUAGGUAUUAUAUAAUCUUUUAACAGGUAGGUACCUAAUAUUAUGACGUUUAUAAAAAAAAAUACCUAAUAUAAAUAUCUAUACGUCGACAAUAGUAUUAUUAUUUGUGAAUAAAACGUUAAUAAUUUCAUUCAUAAAUAUUUAAUACGUGUCCGACAACACGUAUACAGAAACCAUGUAUCGGCGGAUGAUGAGAAGGGGGGAGAAGUCAUAAAUAAACGAACUAAACAUUUCCUAUUACGCGCCGGAAGAUUAAUACCCCCACAGAUUUUAGAGUUUGAACCCCCCCCCCAUCAAGUGUACGUAUAGUACCUAUAUUAUAAGUAUCUAAAUGUCCCCUAUUCGUAGACAACGAGUACGUCAUAUUAUUGGCGUACAGUUCAGAAAAAUCAUAUUUAUUAACAAAUCAGCGGUAUGUAUAUACAGGUAUCGCCGCGGGGGUUGUUUUUUUGAAAUCGUAAAAAAAAAAUAGGUUAAAAUAAAUAUUAUAUUUUGUAAACAACUGCAGUUGAAAUGUAUAUUUUAGUACCUAUACUACACCAGGAUAGGAUAUUACAAAUAUACGGACUUAUUACGACAGUAAACGAUUUUGAAUAGAACUAUUGAAACACAGCCUAUCUAUAGAUAAGCAUGGGUAUAGGUUAGUAGAUAUAUAUGUCCGUAACGUUCCGAUUAUCUAUCGUACCUGCGCAAACGCUUUAUUCUUUUUCGCGUACUAUAAUAUUACCCAUAACGUACAUUUUGGGAAAUAUACCACAUUAAUCCGUAACUUGUGUAAACAGAGAAUAAUACAGAAAACAUUACACCUACAUAAUAUCAUACCUGCCCACAAUACAAUCGAAUGACUUACGGAUUGCACGUAAAUCGCUACAUAUCACUAUGUCUUUUAAACGUUUAAAAAUAUACGAUAAUAUACCUAUUGAACUAUCCGAGGACAAUUUAAAAACCGGUACCCAUACGAACCAUAAUAGUAACGCGUUUUUUCAUUUUUUUUUUUUUUUUUUUUUUAACAUUUAAUACUUAUUGUAUUAAAACACCGAGUAUAUUUCGUAUUUGAUUAGAACGAAUAAUAUAUUUGUUAUCUAUUUGUUAUUAAUAGAAACUAUAACUAUGAAUAAUUUCGUAUUCAAAUUAAUGAAAAAUAAAAUUAAUUUUCAGGAAGCGACUCGAGCGAUCAGGCAACUGCGGAAUCAUACUGGUCACCGGGACGCAUACAAAACGUACCUGACGACGACUCGUCAGCAUUUAUUCAACCGGAAAACUAUUUCCCGUCGGAUCACGGACUUGUGCAAACUCACCCGGCCACAUUCUCUGGAUUUGGAAGUAUGCAUUUUAAAAUAAUACAUUUCUGAAUUCACGGCUAUAACAUGCAGGUAUAGGAAUCAAAAUGCCGGAAAACCCUCAGUUUUUCCCAGUCCAUGAAAAAAAUUGAACAAUUUAUGAAAUUGUACAUUUUUGAAUAAUUAGUUUUCUUUGAAAAAGAAAUAAUAAAAAAAAUUUCAACGUGAAAAAAAAUCAUUGCCAAUGUACACUGUUUAUUAAUGAGUUUAUAGUUUCUAUUUUUUUCUAUGAUUUUUGAAAAUUGUUUUUAAAUGUUCUGGGAAUUUUCAGUUCCAUCAAAAUACUCAAAUUUUUCCUAAAAAUCCUGGACUUUCCGGGUUUUUCGAAAACAUUUUUAUUUGACAAAAUUUUGAUUCUUUGCUAUAACAAAUAUGGAAUAGUUGUAAGAAUAAAAUAAUAAGAAUAAUAUUGUUCUUAUAGUUGUAACAUUUACCGUAUUUGGAGACUUAAAUUGUCUAUUAGGAUAUUUUUUUUUCAAAUUAAUGCAAAAACAAGGCAAAUCCAAAAUUACUUUUUGAUAGUUUCGAAUAAAGCAAUAAAUGCUACAUAAUUUGACACAAUAAAUCAAGUUCAUAUUCUUGAUACGGAAAAAAUACUAAUUAGCACCUUUCUAGUUCAACCAAAUUCUAGGCUAAAGGAAGGCCCAUAAUAUAAGGUCCAUAGACAGUUUUUUUUAUUACUUCUAAAUAAUAUCGAAAGGACGUGUAUUUUCAUUGCACUAAACCCCCUUUAAUUAAGAUUAAAGAUAAAACAAUGCAUUAUGUAUGCUAAACUAAUGAAAAUGUUUAACUUGUUUAAGGUAUUUCUGAAUCGACACACAGCAAUUUACCACCGUUGGGGUACUCGUCGCUAGAUUUCGACAAACGAGGUCUCGACGAAUUACGUAAGAAUUCCGAGUUUUCAUCGCCAGAAGAAUGUGCGAGGGCUUGUCGCGAAGGAGAGCCCCCGAGAAUAUGUUACUAUCAUUUUACCGCAGAAUUAUACAACGUAUUGGGAGCGUAAGCAUGAACAUCGCAUGAUUAUUACACAUAAAUAUAACUUUGCAACAUACCUAUUAUCAACCUCCAUAUUAUAAUAUUCCGACAGAAAUAAUUACUACAUCACAAUGCUUUAUCGUUUUACGUUUUCUACUAUCUACUUAUUUUUUAUUACGAUAAGCAUAUUAUCAUUUUUUAAAUGACAAUAUAAAAUGUGUUUGAAAAUAGAGCUUGUCAAGUGUGUACGCCAAAUGCUACCAAUUCCUUGUGGAGUCAUUGUCAGUGCGUGUUAGCCGAUGGUGUCGAAAGAGGGAUGUUGGCCGUGAAUCGUAUGUUGCCCGGUCCAAGUAUACAGGUAUAAUAAUUUCGCCAUUAUAUUUAUAUAUUUUGUAUUACUACGUAUAUUUAUAUUUUGUAUAUUACUUUGCAAUACCACGAUAGGUCUGCGAAGGAGAUAAGGUAGUCGUUGACUUAUUGAAUCACAUGCACGGUUUGGAACUUGUAGUCCAUUGGCACGGACUUCACCAACGUGGCACCCAAUACUCCGACGGUGUCCCGUAUGUUACUCAAUGUCCCAUACACGAAGGAAACACCUUCAGAUAUCAAUUCGACACGAACGCCGGCACGCACUUUUGGCAUGCCCAUUCUGGUAACAAUCUCAAGUUAAAAUGUACCUUCAUCGUAUAAACUGAUUCGCUCGUGACUUAGUCUCGCACAUCGCAUGUUCGGACACAGCGGAUAGUUCACACGUAAUACGUGCCACCUAGUUAAUUACGAAGAUUUAUGAUUCGUUUGUUAAAAUAAUCGAUAUGCGUGUACCUAUAUGUACGCACACGCCGAUAUAUCCUCAUUAAAAAAAAAUAGUCGCUAUUCCUAUCCAGCCAGCCGUGAUCCGCUUGCAUUAACCCAGUUUUAGUUCCACGAUAAUGGUAGUCAGUGUCACGUGACCUUAUGUAAUAAGAUUUAAUCUAGUGAAAGUCAUAUUAUAUUAUCUUAAUAAGACAACUUUAUAUUAAAAUAUUUAACAAUCGUAAAAUUAAAUAUGACCAUAUAAUAGUGACGUUACUUUGUGUAAACACGGGUAUUAUAAAGAGUCAACAAAUACUAAUUAAUUUUAAAAUUAUGUUUUGUCAAAUUAACUACCAGAAAUUGAACAAUUAUCUACCGUUUAAUUGGAUCAUCUUUAAAUCGUCAUUAAAUAAUUUGUUUCAUAAUGAUUAAAAAAAAAAAUUAUUAUACACAAAACGUAUAAUCGUUAUUAUAUUAUUACGGUAAACAGGACUACAAAAAAUCGACGGUAUCUAUGGAAGUAUUGUGGUACGACAACCGCCAUCACAAGAUCCUAAUAGUCAUUUAUACGAUUAUGAUUUAACCACUCACGUUAUUUUAUUGUCCGAUUGGCUUCACGAAGACGCGAUGGAAAGAUUCCCUGGUAGAUUAGCAGCAAACACCGGACAGGAUCCAGAAUCUCUAUUGAUCAACGGCAAAGGACAAUUCACGGUGAGUCGUGUGCAUGAAUAUUAUUUUCAGAUCGUUGUGAUCAAUAAAGUAAAUAGAUAAAUAAUGAAUAAUUAUUUAUUGUUAUAUAUUAUGACAGGACCCUAAUACAGGAUUCAGUACUAACACACCAUUAGAAACGUUUACCAUCACACCUGGUAGAAGGUACAGGUUUAGAAUGAUCAACUCCUUAGCUUCCGUUUGUCCCGCUCAAAUUACCAUACAAGGACAUCCGCUCGUCCUUAUCGCAACUGAUGGUGAACCCGUGCAACCAGUGGUCGUCAACACAAUCAUUUCAUUCUCGGGUAAUUUUGAUUUUUGAUUUUUUUAAAAUUUUUUUUUAUGUACUGUAUAGUGCAAAUAUAUUACUUUAACUAACUUGUAUUUAUAAUAACAGGAGAAAGAUACGACUUCAUUAUUAACGCAGAACAACCUGUUAGUGCAUAUUGGAUUCAAGUCAGAGGUCUUGGCGAAUGUGGUAUAAAACGUGUGCAACAAUUAGCUAUACUCAGGUACGCUCGAGGACCGUAUCAACCAAAAGCAAAGGCACCCACUUAUGAUGUCGGCUUACCACAAGGAGUUGUAAGUGAUUAUUAAUAAUCGUGUUAAUAUAUUAAAUUCUAUAAUUUUAGUUCUAUAACACAUUUUUAAUCAUAUCUAUUUGAUAAAUAGGUAUUGAAUCCAUUGGACGCUGUUUGUAAUCGUCCCAGAACUGACGCUAUUUGUGUAAACCAACUGAAAAAUGCCAAAGUUGUGGACAAAGGCCUUUUACAAGAAAGACCUGAUGUCAAAAUAUUUUUACCAUUCAAAUUUUUGUUCUACAGGCCUGAUGAACUCUUCCAACCUCAUCAAUACAAUAGAUAUUUGGGUACGUUUAUUGAUUUUAAAUUAUUACAAUAAUUCAUUUUUUUUUUUAUCAUUUUGAUUAUUACCAUUUUUUUUUUUUUUUUUUUUUUUUUUACCUUUUUUUUUUUUUUUUUUUUUUUUUGAGUAAAAUAAUUUUUACGAUGUAUUUUGUAAAUUUUCAGUCGCUCCCGGCGGUGGAGAUCACGUAAUAAGUUUGGUAGAUGAAAUAUCGUAUACCUCUCCUGCAUCACCUAUGCUUUCUCAAAUUGAUGAUAUACCUCCAGAGUCAUUCUGUAAUGGAGAUAACAAACCGGCGAAUUGUGGUAGAAAUUGUAUGUGUUCUCACAAAGUCGAUAUUCCCAUGCAUGCUGUUGUAGAAGUUGUGCUGGUUGACGAAGGUAUUAAACAAAAAAUAUAUUUAAAAUAAAUCAAAUGUCUUACAUCUAUAAUAUUAUUUAUUUCCCUAGUCCAACAACCCAACUUGAGUCAUCCGUUCCAUUUGCAUGGGUAUUCAUUCCAUGUUAUUGGUAUGGGUAGAUCACCAGACAAGAACGUUAAGAAAAUCAACUUGAAACACGCACUUGAUUUGGACCGAAGAGGUCUUUUAGACAGACAUUUCAAUUUACCACCAAGUAAGGACACGAUAGCUGUACCCAACAACGGAUAUGUGGUAUUCCGAUUCAGAGCUGACAACCCAGGUAAAUAUUGAUGUCGACUAAGUAAAUAAAUAUGUUUUAAAUAUUACAUAAAAACGAUAUACUUAAAAUGUGGCCAAUUUACAGGUUAUUGGUUGUUCCAUUGUCACUUCUUAUUCCAUAUUGUAAUUGGUAUGAAUUUAGUGCUUCACGUCGGGACCCAUGCCGACCUACCGCCAGUGCCCGAGAAUUUCCCACGUUGUGGUGACUUUUUACCUCCAGUCAGUUUACACUGAUCACGUUCAUUAUACGUCAGUUCAAAACCAAGUGCUCAUAUAAGUAACGCAAUGCGGUAACCACAGUUAGAAACGACAAAAGAAACACAUUCAUCGAUACUUUAUAUAUUAUUGUGUUUUUUUUAUUUAUUUUAUUUUAAAGAAUAUAAUAUUAUGUAUGUAUACAUAUAUAUAUAUAAAUAAUGUAUACAUUUAUACAUAUUAUGUAUACAUAUGUAUAUAUAUAUUAUUAAUAUUAAAAAUAUUACAUUUUUGUACCCUAGAAAUAAUGUGUUAUGCCAUAACAAACAUAUGUUAUUUAAAUGUGUUAAUAUUAGUCACUUGUUCAAUUUUUUUUUUUUUUUUUUUCAUCAUUUAGUCUAUAAGUCAUUUCACAACUGUAAAAUAUUUUUAUCAAGCACAAAUUUAUCAUUCAUUUUUAUCUUGCCUCCAUACAUUCAAAACUCAUCAAAGCUUGCCAAUAUUAUGUAGACGGUUAUUUUUAUCAUUUUUUUUUCUUUAAUACAAUAAUACUAUACUUUUAAAACUACAGCUAAUUCAUCUUGUAAAUAAUGUUCUAUAAUAUUUAGUAGUUUCUAGUUAAUUAAUGUAUAAUGAAUAUUAUCAAUGUAUAAAUUAGAAUAAACGUUUUGUUUUACUGUAAAAAAAUAUUUGUACAAUAUUAUUUUUGUGCUAUAGUAAAAAAAAUUUAAAAAAAAAACAUUAUUUUCUUUCACUAAUAUGUAUAAUUGAAAAUAUGUUGGCGAGUUUAGUUUUUAUCCAUACAAUUUUUUUUUUUUACGCAAGAAACUAUACAGUUAAUUAAGCAAAACGUAAAAGUGAAACUCAGAGAUUAGAUCUCAGGCAAUAAACAGUCUGAUAUAAAAUUUAUAUUGUUUAUACUGUUAAAUUAUACACACAAUUUUGCGUCAAAAACGCAUUGCUGAGAUAACCUAAAAAUUAAAACUAAUUUUCAUUGUUAUAACCAAAAACUAGUACUUAAUAAAAAAUAAAACUGCUGAAUUUGAAAAAAAUAUAUUAUAUCUUUCUUAUCCAACCAAAACUAUACAAUAAACGGAAAAUGUUGUUAAAUAUUGUAAUAAAAUUAAAACGAAUUCCUAUAAAAUAUUCAGAC